UGGAAAAACCGCCAGUGUGCAAGCCCCUGUUAACUCAUGUGGAUCAUUUGGGAAAAUCCUCAAGCUGAAGCUACUUGCUGCUUUGGGGGUCUGGAAAACUCCACAAAAGGUAGGUUACAUUUAGAAAUGUUGAUGUGACUUGAGACCCAUAUAACGGUAUCCUGUGUAUGUCAUGAUGAAGCAACCUUGUUUGGUUUAUCUUUGGAUGUUGUUGUCUGUAUGUGAUCCGUCACAGCACUUUGUAUUGUUUCAUCUGGCAUGUCCCAAGACACUUUUCAAGGGAAUUUACAUCAAAGCCAGAUAAGGAAAUUUGGUCUUAGAUCAGAAACUUUCUGGCCUAGGCUACUGCAAGUUUCACUUUAUUAUUAUAUAUUUUUUUAUUGAGUGAUGUGAUAGGGUUGGUUUGAGGUCUCCAAUCAGUUGUUGUGAUGGACUGUAUAAAAGCACACUAUCACAUAGGCCUGGAGAAUCAUUACUCAUAUCUGCCUUAAUUGUACCACGAUGCCAUCCAUGAUGUUGUCUUUUUUCAAUUUACUGCAAAACUGUCUUAACUCUGCUCUUUAGAUGUACAGGUAACUACAUAAUAAUGGAAACAUUUAAACUACCGUUCAAAAGUUUGGGGUCACCUAGAAAUGUCCUUGUUUUCGAAAUAAAAUAAUUUAUUUGUCCAUUAAAAUAACAUCACAUUUAUCAGAAAUACAGUAUAGACAUUGUUAAUAUUGUAAAUGGCUAUUGUAGCUGGAAACGGCUGAUUUUUAAUGGAAUAUCUACAUAGGCUUACAGAGGCCCAUUAUCAGCAACCAUCAAUCCUGUGUUCCAAUGGCAAUUUCUUCUGAAACUCGUCAGUCUAUUCUUGUUCUGAGAAAUUAAGGCUAUUCCAUUCGGGUAAAUUGACAAGAAACUGAAGAUCUCGUACAACGCUGUGUACUACUCCCUUCACAGAACAGCGCAAACUGGCUUUAACCAGAAUAGAAAGAGGAGUGGGAGGCCCCGGUGCACAACUGAGCAAGAGGACAAAUACAUUAGAGUGUCUAGUUUGAGAAACAGAUGCCUCACAGGUCCUCAACUGGCAGCUUCAUUAAAUAGUACCCGCAAAACACCAGUCUCAACGUCAACAGUGAAGAGGCGACUCCGGGAUGCUGACCUUCUAGGCAGAGUUGCAAAGAAAAAGCCAUAUCUCAGACUGGCCAAUAAAAAGAAAAGAUUAAGAUGGGCAAAAGAACACAGACACUGGACAGAGGAAGAUUGGAAAAAAGUGUUAUGGACAGACUAAUCGAAGUUUGAGGUGUUCGGAUCACAAAGAAUAACAUUUGUGAGACGCAGACCAAAUGAAAAGAUGCUGGAGGAGUGCUUGAUGCCAUCUGUCAAGCAUGGUGGAGGCAAUGUGAUGGUCUGGGGGUGCUUUGGUGGUGAUAAAGUGGGUGAUUUGUACAGGGUAAAAGGGAUCUUGAAGAAGGAAGGCUAUCACUCCAUUUUGCAACGCCAUGCCAAACCCUGUGGACGGCACUUGAUUGGAGCCAAUUUCCUCCUACAACAGGACAAUGACCCAAAGCACAGCUCCAAACUAUGCAAUAACUAGUUAGGGAAGAAGCAGUCAGCUGGUAUUCUGUCUAUAAUGGAGUGGCCAGCACAGUCACCGGAUCUCAACGCUAUUGAGCUGUUGUGGGAGCAGCUUGACCGUAUGGUACGUAAGAAGUGCCCAUCAAGCCAAUCCAACUUGUGGGAGGUGCUUCAGUAAGCGUGGGUGAAAUCUUUUCAGAUUACCUCAACAAAUUGAUAACUAGAAUGCCAAAGGUCUGCAAGGCUGUAAUUGCUGCAAAUGGAGGAUUAUUUGACGAAAGCUAAGUUUGAAGGACAUAAUUAUUAUUUCUAUUAAAAAUCAUUAUUUCUAACCUUGUCAAUGACUACAUUUCCUAUGCAUUUUGCUAUAUUUCCUAUUCAAACUCAUUUCAUGUAUGUUUUCAUGGAAAACAAGGACAUUUCUAAGUGACCCCAAACUUUUGAACGGUAGUGUAAGUAAAUGGGGGAUACAAAGUAUUUUGAAAGCAGGUGCUUCCACACAGGUGUGGUUCCUGAGUUAAUUAAGCAAUUAACAUCCCAUCAUGCUUAGGGUCAUGUAUACAAAUGCUGGGCAGGUCAUUAUUACCAUGGCUACCAUGGCUACCAUGGCAUAGGAUGACAACCCUCUGGGCACACACUGGUUGAAUCAAUGUUGUUCCCAUGUCAUUUCAAUAAAAUUACAUUGAACCAAUGUAGAAUAGACAUUGAAUUGACAUCUGUGCGCAGUGGGAAUGUCCCCAUCCACAGGGCACGAGUGGUCACUGAAUGGUUUAAAAACGAUGUAAACCAUAUGCCAUGGCCGUCUCAGUCACCAGAUAUCAACCCAAUUUAACAUUAUUGGAGAUUCUGGAGCGGCGCCAUUAACAAAACACCACCAUUAACAAAACACCAAAUUAUGGAAUUUCUCGUUGAAGAAUGGUGUCGCAUCUCUCCAAAAGAUUUCCAGAAAACUUGUAGAAUCUAUGCCAAGGUGCAUUGAAGCUGUUCUGGUGGCUCGUGGUGGCCCAACGCCCUAUUAAGACACUUUGUGUUGGUGUUUCUUUUAUUUAGGCAGUUACCUGUAUCUCUUUGUGUGUGUGUGUGUGUGUGUGUGUGUGUGUGUGUGUGUGUUUGCCAGUCAGUGUAUAUCUCAUUACAUUUCUUCCAGUCCAUCAACCCAUCAAUGUUGCAGGAUGAGAGGAGAGAAGCUGAUGCCUUGUGUACUUAUCACUCUACUGGGGCUGACCCUGAUGCAGUCAGCUCACGGACAGCACAUGUCAGACGAACCCUGCUCUGUCCAGAUUCUCGUCCCAGGACUCAAAGGCAUAUAUACAGUUCACACACAAUACACUCACACGUUCAUCCAAAAUGAAAGAGUCUAAAACAUGCUCAGAAAACAUAUAGGACUCAUAGGGUGGCAGUGUGUACUAGUUAUCAACAGUAAUAACAUUUCAGAGUUGUGCAGUUCGUGUUUUGAUUCAUGAAGUUUUUUCUCCAUUUGACAGGAGAGCCAGGAGAAAAGGGAGAGAAAGGGGCACCUGGGCGACCAGGAAGAGUGGGUCCACCAGGGGAGAUAGGUAAGCCUCUAUCUUUGAAAACAGAAGCAAAAACAACGUUCAGCAUUCUCUCUGUACAGGUGCUAUGCUUUGAUGAUGACUUCCCUCACAAUAUCACAACGUUUUGACUCAAUGGAGGCUGGACUUGGGAAACUUGAGAAAUAUAUUGUUUGGAAAUUUGGUCGUGGUAAGUUUUUCAGCUAUGGAGGAUGUUGGGAGUAAUUAUCUGUUUGAGAAUUUUGUUGUCAUGAAAAGCUUUUUGGACACUCCUACUGAUUGCCCUUCGGAAAUGGCCUUUGGAUAACCCUUUCUAUCACUAUGGUAUUUAUUUUACAAUAGACUAAAACCAUACAGAUUUUUUUCCAGAAUGGUUUAAAAUAAUCAUAUUUCCUUUAACAACAUGAUUCUUUGAUAUAUUUCUUUAAUUAGACAGUUAUUGCAGAAACUAGAGUAAAGAUCACAUCAUGCAUUGACAAUCAUUUCUCCUAGUGGAUGUUGUGUGCUGGUUACAUCACUGCUAGGCAGUCCAGAGCAACAGAAUGUUUACUUUAGGUCAGAGGUCGCAUGACCUAAAAAAUGUAAAAAUGCAUGAGAAACACUACCCAGAAUCCCCUGAAUCACUGAUAAGUGUUUACAGCAGCUGUUAAUGAGGACUGUUCAUAGAGAUAGAUAUAGUACUCUAGUGCCCAAAAGGCGGUUUUAGAAUGGGCAGUGCCAUUGAGGACUUUCACCAUUUUGAAGUGGUCAACUGGGUGGGACUUCCUAUAGGUUAAGGAAGGAUAACAUCAUUCCAUCCAGGUCACCAGGAGGGAGCAGCCAAUGAGUUUACUCGUGAACAAACAUUCCAUAACUGCAAUUGGCAGUAAAUUGCAGUGUGCACCCUUUCAGUUUGUUUGCCAACUCAUAGAAGUAGUAGAAGAAGAAAAUUCACUACUUCAAAAUGGAGAUGGCUCUCACAGAUGCCAUAAUGGGUCAGAUACAAUGAUGCAAUGUCUAUCUAAGUCUAUGGGGCUGGUGGAUGCUGUCACCAAAGACAGAUUAAAUGCUCACACAGAGGCUUUGUUAUUUAACCCACUUAUUCCUUUGAUUCUGAAAUCAGUAACAAAACACCUCUAGUAACAGUGAAACAUGUUUCCCUGCAGGACAUCUUGGAGUUAAAGGACAGAAGGGUAUAAUGGGACAUUAUGGGAAGAUUGGCCCCAGUGGAGUCAAAGGUAGGAAAAAAACAGAACAACAUGCAUUUACACUUCUGUUUUGGGAUGCAUUGCUAUAUUUUCCAUGUACUUUAACAAUGUUUUUACUCUCAGGUGUAAAGGGAGAUAUGGGUGAUCCUGGAUUAAGGGGCCCGAAUGGUGAUCCAGGUACAACAUUUAUUUGUUUGGAGAAACAUUCUAGGUCUAGUUAACAAUAAGACCAAGCCAACAAAGAGGAAUGGAAAAUAUGUAUUCCUCAUUUUGUUUUGUCUCAUCAGGUGUUCCAUGUGAAUGCACACCUCUGAGGAAAAUUAUUGGUGAGAUGGACAUCCUAGUGGUACAGUUAUCCAGUGAGCUGAAGUUCAUAAAAAAUGGUACGCUUUCAGGGUGUCUGGUUGAAUGUUAAAUUAGGAAUUUCCAAUGAGUAACGUAAAGACAUAGAGCUAUCAGUUUCCUUUCAGUAUUAAUUGAAAUGCUCGUAGCUAUCACCAUUUUGCUUUGUUUUCUUUCAUGCGCAAAGUAAACGCUGGGUUUAUAUGUCAGUGUGAUUAUAGAAAUACAAGUGCUAAUUUUUCAGCCCUGCCCUCCCCUGCAGCUGUCACCGGCAUCAAAGAGACCAACAGCAAGGUCUAUCUGCUGGUCAGGGAGGAGAAACGCUACACCGACGCAGAGGCCUACUGUCAGGGAAGGGGUGGACACCUAGCCAUGCCCAAAGAUGAGGGGGCCAAUACGGCCAUCGCUGGGUACAUCACAGAGGCGGGCCUGAGCCGGGUGUACAUCGGCAUCAAUGACAUAGACCGCGAGGGCCAUUUCACUUACGUGGAUAGCUCCCCAAUGAGCACCUUCAACAAGUGGAGGGAAGGGGAACCCAACAAUGCCUACGAGGACGAGGACUGUGCUGAGAUGGUGGCUGUGGGGGACUGGACCGAUGUGGCCUGCCACCCCACCAUGUACUUUGUGUGUGAGUUUGAGAAGGACAGUGUCUGAGGGGCAUUUGUUUGAACGUGGUAGUGAAUUUAGAGGUAAG